AUGGCGACUUGGCGGCGGGACGGCCGGCUGACGGGCAGCCAGCGGCUGCUCUGCGCCGGGCUGGCGGGGGCGCUCAGCCUCAGCCUCACCGCGCCGCUGGAGCUGGCCACCGUACUGGCCCAGGUCGGCGUCGUGCGCGGCCGCGCCCGGGGGCCGUGGGCCGCGGGGCUCCGCGUGUGGCGGGUCGAGGGGCCCCGCGCCCCGUGGAAGGGGAACGCGGUGGCCUGCCUGCGCCUCUUCGCCUGCAGCGCCGUCCAGCUGGCCGCCUACCGCAAGUUUGUCGUGCUGUUCACGGAUGACCUGGGCCAUAUUUCCCAGUGGAGCUCCAUCAUGGCUGGGAGUCUCGCAGGGAUGGUUUCCACCAUUGUGACAUAUCCUACAGACCUCAUCAAAACCCGGUUAAUUGUGCAGAACAUGCUGGAACCAUCCUACAGAGGGAUCCUCCAUGCAUUUUCUACUAUUUAACAACAGGAAGGAUUCCUGGCCCUUUAUCGAGGGGUUUCCCUUACUGUUUUAGGUGCUCUCCCUUUCUCUGCCGGCUCCCUUCUAGUUUACAUGAACCUGGAGAAAAUCUGGAAUGGACCCCGAGAUCGGUUCUCUCUCCUCCAGAACUUUGCCAAUGUCUGCCUGGCUGCCGCAGUGACCCAGACCCUCUCCUUUCCCUUUGACACGGUGAAGAGGAAGAUGCGGGCUCAGAGCCCCUACCUUCCCCAUGGUGGAGGAGUGGAUGUCCAUUUCUCAGGAGCAGUGGACUGCUUCCGGCAGAUAGUGAAAGCCCAAGGGGUCCUGGGGCUCUGGAAUGGAUUGGCAGCCAACCUACUGAAGAUAGUUCCAUAUUUUGGAGUUAUGUUUGGCACCUUUGAGUUCUGCAAGAGAAUCUGUCUUUACCAAAAUGGUUACAUCAUGUCUCCUCUGAGCUAUAAACUGACCCUAGGGGUGGAUCAGAGUUUAAAGCCCCAGGAGUUAAGGGGAUUAAAUAAGUUCUUCAAAACUGGACAACUAAAGUCUAAAAAACCAACUCUUUAAAACUGAAUGGAACUAGAGGUGCACUGAUUGAAGGCGUGUUGCAAUCAGAGAGGAAUGGAGCCUCAGAAUUGUGCACGCAUGGAGUGACGAGAGGGUGCUCCUGUCUGCUGCUCUUGGGAAUGAGAAGUUUUGGCCACACCUGAGCUCCAGAGUGAUGGCCCUGUGAACACCUGCACCACCGUGAUUUUAUAACAAAAACUAGCAGUAAUGAAAUGUACAGUUUACACUCUGGAUAUAAAUAGUCACUCAGUCGUG